AGGGUAGAAAACACUUUUAAUUAAAACGUUCACCCAUGCAUUAAUUAAUUAGUCACACAACGAGCUAAUUUAUGUAAUGUGUUUGUUUAGUAUGUGAUAAAUGUUUGCCAACUGCACUCAUAAAAGAAAAUGAAAAACAAUUUUGGAAAAAAAAUUCUAACUUAUUUUAGGGAGUAUUGUGACUGCACUAGCGUUCACGGGUUUCGGUAUCUAGGUGAGAAAAGGACACUUUUUGAAAAAAUUUGGUGGUUUAUCGUUUUCACCAUUUGCCUCAGUACUUGCAUAUUUUCAAUUUUCAUGGUGUACAAAAAAUGGGAACAAAGUCCAGUCAUAGUCAGUUUUGCCAAUCGAGGAACACCAAUUUACAAAAUCCCAUUUCCGGCCGUCACUAUCUGUCCCGAAACCAAAACGAAUCGUAACAUUUUCAAUUACACACAAAUUUUGAACAAGAAAUUCCACGAAGAAAAUCUAACCGAAACUGAGAAUUUAUAUUUUGAGCACAUGUUACUGAUUUGCAAUAAGUUUUAUCCAGCUUCUGGCUCGAAUGAAUCGACCUAUGGCGAGGAAUUUUUUGACACCAUUAGCACCAUACAUCCAAAGUUUAACAUAAGACAGUGUAAGAAUCAGGGACAAAGCUAUAACUGUAGCCAAAUCUUUACGCCCAUUUUUACCGAGGAAGGGAUCUGUUUCAGCUUCAAUAUGUUGGACAGGAGCGAAAUUUUCCGCGAGAAUGUAAUACAUUACAAAAAUUUUCAUCAAUUCAACAAGUCCAGUUCUUGGAGUAUUGAGUCUGGAUAUGGUAGUAAUUCAGGAAUUUGGACUUACCCCCAACGGGCUUUACUAGCAGGUGCCAAAAACGGCUUCUCAAUCCAACUCAUUUCGUCCAAAUCCAAUUUGGACUUCUUGUGCCGAAUGGGGCCCCAAGGCUUCAAAGUCCUAGUCCACUCCCCUGCAAGUUUCCCAACCCCUUCCCAGGAGUACUUUAGAGUCCCUUUGGACCAAACUGUAAUCGCAGAAGUCCAACCAACGAUGAUCAAUACUUCUGACUCGGUCAGGGCUUACAGCAAAGAUCGCAGACGUUGCUACUUCCAAACCGAACGAUAUUUGCAAUAUUUCAAAAUCUACAAUAAAGUUAAUUGUGAAAUUGAAUGUUUGGCCAAUUUCACUUUGGAUAUGUGUGGUUGUGUCAAUUUUUUCAUGCCUAGGGACAAUUCAACUAGUAUUUGUAGUUCUUCGAAUUUAUCCUGUAUGAACGAGGCUGAAAAGAUUUUGCAAAUUAAGAAUUUGAAGGGAAAGUUGGACAAAAAAAAGAAGAAAAAAUCGGUCGAUGAUUGUGACUGUUUGCCUCUUUGUUCCGAUUUGAAUUAUAACAUAGAGACGUCGCAAAGUGACUGGGACUGGCAAAUGGUUUUUACUGCAAUCGGAAUGGAACCUUUCAACGACACGUAUAUUUCGUCCCUCACCAUUUAUUUCAAGUCAAAUGAUUUUAUAACUUCGGUCAGGAAUGAGCUGUACGGUCCAAUGGAUUUUGUCGCGAAUUUUGGAGGACUUUUAGGAUUGUUUACUGGAUUUUCGAUUUUGUCACUGAUGGAAAUUAUCUAUUUUUUGACUGUGAGGAUUUUCUGUAAUAAGAUUUUGUACAGGAAAUGGGCAGGAAAAGAUUCAUAAAA